UCGCCUCCAUCCUUGGGGACCUGUCAGUCAUCGCCGCUCCGACCUAAGGGCCCGCGAGACCUGUCGCUCCUCCUGGGGGUCCGGCGCCCGCCGCUCCGCCUGAGGGCCCGAGACCUGUCGCUCCAUCUGGGGGUCCGGCGCCACCGCCCCGCUCCGCCUGAGGGCCCGAGACCUGUCGCUCCCAUCUCCCUGGGGGUCCGGCGCCUCCGCUCACCGUGGCCUGAGGGCCCGAGACCUGUCGCUCCUCGACUGGGGGGGUCCGGCGCCCGCCGCUCCGCCUGAGGGCCCGAGACCUGACUCGCUCGACCUGGGGGUCCGAUCGCCCGCCG